AUGCCCAUGCAGGUAGCCGACGAGACGAAUCCAGAGAUGUCGCUAACGAUCCCUGUUUCUCUACAAGUACCGACGCCACAACCUUGGACAUACGCUGAAUGUGUGACAAGCUUAGCAGCCCCGCUUAGGAAUCUUGCCGCAAGCAAUGUAGAGGAGGCCCCAGUGGAUGUCUCUAAUGAUGAAGAUGACGACCCAUUGUGCCCUACCAUCCAGCUGACGAAAGAAGAAGUGGAGGCGAUCCGGGCGCCGUGGAGGAAAGCUCUCAUUAUAAAGGUAAUGGGAAGGAAGGUGGGAUACACAUACCUGCUAAAGCGGCUUCAGACUAUGUGGAUGCCGAGGGGGAUUCUGGAGCUUAUCGCCAUCGACAAUGAUUACUACCUUGUUCGAUUCGGCUCAGUGGAUGACCUUGAAUUUGCCAUUUUUGAGGGUCCAUGGAUGGUGUUAGAUCACUAUUUAAUAGUGAAGCCAUGGAUGCCUGAUUUUGAUCCAACCUCGGACACUACGGAGAAGGUAUUGGUGUGGGUUAGGAUCCCUUGCAUCUCUGCGGAGUACUAUAAUAUCAUUUUCCUCCGAAAGUUAGGGAAUAAGAUCGGUAGGAUGCUGCGUGUUGAUCAAGCGACGAGCUUGGUGUCAAGGGGGCAUUUCGCGAGGAUCUGCGUUGAAGUAGACAUGACAAAACCUUUGAUAUCGAAAUUCAAAUAUAAAGACAAGGUAAGAUCCGUGGCUUAUGAGGGUAUCCACUUGGUAUGCUUCACCUGUGGCAUUUAUGGCCAUGCGCCAGAUGCAUACCCGAAGAUUACCAAAGCACCAGCGAAACAAGCAGGGGUAGUGGAAACUCGCCCAGAUCAAGUUAGUGAGGCACCCUUUGGUGCAUGGAUGAUUGCACCAGGGAGGAGAUCAAGAGCAGGAUUGAAGCAGUUGGAGAGGAUCCAAAAUGGAGCGGAGGAGGGAAGACAUGGAGGAAACGCUAAUCGAGAGGAUGCUGGUCAGGGUGAUGAAGAGGACACUAACAAGGAAGCAGUGGUGGAGACAGAUACUAGGUUGUCGAGCGGUGCAAGGCGUUUAGGGAAUAAUGGGGGACAGACGAGGAAGGCGCAGGCUACAGCAGCGCAAGGAGGUAAGGUGAAGCGGCCGAAUGUCAUAGCUAUUGAAAAACAGAUCAUCAACGAGCCAGACGAAGGAGGUGGGCAACAGACUAGACUGGGGGAGCUUUCACCAAACAGCCGCAGAGCUAAUGUACCGUAUAAUAGCCGUUCGACGUGUGAGGAGGACCAGGUCCAAAAGACGGGUGAUUGCACAGUAUAG